GUUCUGAAUUUGUGUAUGGUUUCUUGUCGAAGCCUCCGCCGAUCUGUCAAAUGAGUCCUGUACUUGUGUUCUCGGAAACGGAGCAGAGUGAAUCACGAAAAGUUUCCGAUCUUGAACUACCUCCCAGUGAAGAGAACAAUCCUAUAGAAUGUAUCUCGAAUGGAGCAAUGAGCGGAAUUCACAUUGUGGUGGCUAUCGCGGCAAAUCUCGUGUCUGUGCUCGCACUCCUCGCCCUUGUGGACAGUGUUCUCUUCUACUUUGGAGAUCUCAUAGGCUACGGUCCUUGGAGUUUGGAGAACCUACUUCAAUAUGUCAUGUUCCCUGUGGCAUUCAUUAUGGGAGUUACUGGUGAUGCCCGAGAAACUCUAGCUGUUGCUCGCCUUAUUGCCACAAAAACAGCAGUGAACGAAUUCGUGGCUUAUCGAGCUUUGGGCGAAAAUGAUUGCGGGCGAAACACCACAGAUCAGUGUACUAUCGGAAUAGCUAUGGGAGUACUGGGAGGCAUGGCGCCGUCUAAGCGACAUGUGCUAGCCAGACUGGUCUUCCGUGCGCUAGUUUGUGGAUGUGUAUGCUGCCUUUAUACGGCUGCUCUAGCAGGAGUGCUUGUGAAUGAGCCGCUUCUGUGCCGACCCACGACAGCGGCUGUUGCUUGCUUCGAUGUAUCAAGGUCGCCAAUUCUUCUUCUUCAACGCCACAAAAUGAAUCGCCUAGACCGCAAAAGCUAUGGGCUAAUGAAUCACAUGAUUCAUCCUAUCGACU